AUGAGUUGCGGUGCGAAGAAUAAUUACUUGUGCACCGCUUCAUCUUGCGGCGAUGUUCGUGACAUACAGUAUCCUUUUCGAUUGAAAGGUGACCUAAAAGGUUGCGGCCGCUUUGAGUAUGAGCUAGCUCGUGAAAAUAAUUGCAUUGUUCUAUAUUUGUAUGCCGGUCAAUAUUAUGUGAAGUCGAUUUACUAUGACAAUAAUUCCAAAGGUUAUUUCUCUGGUAAUAUCAUGGUGGUUGAUGAUGGACUGCAAAAAAGUAAUUGCUCAUCCCUCCCUCGUUACUCAUUGGCGAGCUCCAACUUCAGUGAUCGGGAUCCAUACUCUCAAUAUGCUUCAUCCUCUGUGGUGGUCAUGAAGUGCUCACAGCCCGUUGCUUCUCCUUCGAAUAUCUAUACUGAACCAUGUAUUGAGGGAGAAUACCCUUCCAAUACACCCCCUACUAUUUCCCAAAUGAAGGUGUACUCAUACGCUAUGUCUGGGUUUAGUCUCCAAGUAGGGGACAUCAAGGAUUCUUGCAGCAUAACCAUGAUGACUUUCUUUUCGGAUGCUGACCCGACGUGGGAAAUGGAUGGGUAUAAUCGUGUGAGCCCAACGUAUCGUGUGAGCUCAUCGUAUAAGGAUCUCCACAACAGGAUGGCUGAAGGAUUCGCUCUCCAUUAUUCUCGACGUUCUUGGCCGGAAGUGGAUCGGUAUAAACGUAUUUGCGCGAUAAGUUUCAGAUACCGAAUGGCGUGGUGCAACCCAUAUGACUCCUUCCACUUCCUGGCAGCAAAAUUCAUACUUGGAGCUCCAUGUGUGUUGAUACUUCUAAUCUUGAAGUGGAUGAGAAGGCAUCAGGCGGCCGACGCAAAUAUCGAAGAAUUCCUACUAGCUCACAACAACUUUUUGCCAAUAAGGUACUCUUACUCGGAUAUCAAGAGGAUCACAAAAAAUUUCAAAUGCAAGUUAGGUGAAGGGGGAUAUGGUUUUGUAUAUAGAGGAAUACUUAGAAGUGGCAAUGAAGUCGCAGUUAAGAUUUUGAACAAAUCAAAAUCUAAUGGCCAGGAUUUUAUAAGCAAAGUGGCCACAAUUGGAAGGAUCCACCACAUUAAUGUGGUGCAACUUGUUGGUUUUUGCUUCGAUUACUCCAAACAAGCUCUUGUCUAUGAUUUCAUGCCGAAUGGAUCUUUGGAUAAACACAUUUCCUAUAAGGAUGGUGAUGAUCCUCUUAAUUCUAAGAAAAUGUAUGAGAUCUCUCUUGGCAUAGCUAGAGGGAUAGAGUAUCUACAUCGGGGAUGUGAUAUGCAAAUUCUACAUUUUGACAUCAAGCCUCACAACAUUCUCCUAGACCGAAGUUUCACUCCGAAAGUUUCUGACUUUGGACUUGCAAGACUUUAUCCCACCGAUCGCAAUAUAGUAUCGCUGACUGCAGCAAGAGGAACCUUGGGUUAUAUGGCUCCUGAGCUAUUCUAUAAAGACAUUGGUGGCAUUUCUUACAAAGCCGAUGUUCAUAGUUUUGGGAUGUUAUUAAUGGAAAUGGCUGGUAGAAGGAGAAAUCUAAAUGCACAUGCAGAGCAUUCGAGUCAAAUUUACUUUCCUUUGUGGGUUUAUGAUCAACUCGGUAAAGAAAAGGAACUUGAAAGGGUAGAUGUCAUAGAAGAGGAAAGAGAAACAACGAGGAAGAUGAUAAUCGUUGCAUUGUGGUGUAUACAAUUGAGCCCUAAUGAUCGGCCGUCAAUGAGGAAAGUCCUAGAUAUGCUUGAAGGAGAUAUGGAUAGACUGCAACUGCCUCCAAAACCACUUUUGUAUCGAAUGGAGGCACCGGUUGAUGAUGCUGACGCUGAGAUAGAACUUGAAACAGUCUCAUCUUUGUCAAGUACUCCGAUAGUUUCUAGUGGUUACCAAUUUUAGCAUGACCAUGAGUUUACGAAAUCAUGUUUUUGUGAUUGUUCCCUUAUAAUGAGAUGCAAAAAUUAUAAAUAGUACUAUCAACAUGUAUCAUCAUUUAAAAUGUAAUUUGUAAAACUUUUACAUA